AGGAAAAAUUGCUGGUGCUGAUAUUGAAGUUUAUUUACUUGAAAAAGCUCGUGUCAUUUUUCAACAACCAGCUGAACGUAAUUAUCAUAUUUUCUAUCAAAUAUGUUCAAAUGCUUUUCCGGAAAUUCAUAAGGAAUGUCUUAUUGAAAAUGAUCCAGGAAAAUAUCAUUAUGUAGCACAAGGUAUGCUUACUAUUGAUAAUGUUGAUGAUGCAGAAGAAAUGAGAAUUACUGAUGAAGCUUUUGAUAUUCUUGGUUUUACAAAAGAAGAAAAACUUAGUAUGUACAAAUGUACAGCAGCUAUUAUGCAUUUUGGUAAUUCUCAAUGGAAACAACGACCACGAGAAGAACAAGCUGAAGCAGAAGGAACUGAAGAUUGUGAAAAAGUUGCUCAUCUUCUUGGUAUUGAAGCAGCUGAACUUAUCAAAGGUUUACUUAAACCACGUAUCAAGGUCGGCAAUGAAUAUGUUAAUAAAGGUCAAAGUAAAGAUCAAGUUACUAACUCAAUUGGUGCUCUCUCCAAAUCCAUCUAUUCACGUAUGUUUAAUUGGUUAGUCGAGCGUGUUAAUGUAACGCUCGAUGUUAAAGCUAAACGACAAUAUUUUAUUGGUGUACUUGAUAUUGCUGGUUUCGAAAUUUUUGAUUACAAUGGUUUCGAACAAUUAUGUAUCAAUUAUACAAAUGAACGU